GGACGGUCGGGCUUGGUCUGCAAAAUCCCAGUUCACAGUUAACAGAGCUUAAAGCAGAAUGGUCUCCUCUGAGGCGCGCAACACGUCGGCUCAUACGCCUGCAGUCAACCCAUAAUCUUCCAAUAAACUGCCGGCUCACGGUGAUCCAGUCAGCCGCGAAACACAGAAUCCGAGCCCGCGGUCUUGUCACUCUUGUGUUCCUUGGCCAUCGUCAUCGAAGAAGAGCAGGGGAACGAGGGAGCCAGCCAUGAGCGGCAGAGCAGACCCGGCAAUCUCCACGAACCCAAAAGCCCUACUGUGAUAACCGCAUGCUCCAGCCUUUACAAUCGUCGACGCCAUGAUCAACACAUCGAACGGCAUGAUGGCUUCUGCAUCAUCAUCGGCCAACGCCCAAUCGCCGGGCCUGAAGACGUAUUUCAAGACCCCAGAAGGUCGUUACAAGCUCCACUACGAGAAGACGCACCCCGCAGGCCUUCUCCACUACGGCCAUGGCAAAACGGUCACUCAGGUAACCCUAGCUCAUCUCAAGGAUAAGCCGGCCCCGUCCACCCCACCAGCCCAGGCUUCUAGCUAUAGUGCCGGUGGAGGUGUGCGAUCGGCGGCGGUGAGGUUCUUGGGCGGUGGGAAUGGGAGCAGGGCACUUAGUUUUGUUGGGGGAAAUGGUGGGGCAAAGGCUGUUAGUGGAACUGGUAGGGUUGGAGCUUUGGGAGCUUCAAGUGCGAGUAAUUCAACGAGUACUUCCAAUUUUGAUGGGAAAGGAACUUAUAUAAUCUUCAAUGUCGGUGAUGCAAUCUUCAUAAGUGAUUUGAAUUCACAAGAUAAGGAUCCUAUUAAGUCAAUACAUUUCAAUAAUUCUAACCCUGUUUGUCACGCAUUUGACUUGGAUGCUAAGGAGGGGCACGAUUUACUUAUUGGGUUGGUUUCUGGAGAUGUCUAUUCUGUGUGUCUAAGACAACAAUUACAAGAUGUUGGGAAGAAGCUUGUUGGGGCACAUCACUAUAACAAAGAUGGCUCUGUUAAUAACAGUCGUUGCACUAGUAUUGCUUGGGUGCCUAAAGGUGAUGGAGCUUUUGUUGUUGCUCAUGCAGAUGGAAAUUUUUAUGUCUAUGAAAAGAGCAAAGAUGGCGCUGGUGAUUCAUCAUUCCCUGUUAUCAAGGAUCAAACUCAAUUUUCUGUUGCCCAUGCACGGUAUAGUAAGAGUAAUCCAUUUGCCAGAUGGCAUAUCUGCCAAGGUUCAAUCAAUAGCAUCGCUUUCUCAUUGGAUGGCACAUAUAUUGCAACUGUUGGAAGAGAUGGUUAUUUACGAGUAUUUGACUACUCAAAAGAACAACUUAUUUGUGGUAGCAAAAGCUAUUAUGGUGCUCUAUUAUGUUGUGCUUGGAGCAUGGAUGGAAAAUACAUUUUGACCGGAGGAGAAGAUGAUUUAGUUCAAGUUUGGAGUAUGGAAGAUCGGAAGGUUGUUGCAUGGGGUGAGGGACACAAUUCAUGGGUCAGUGGAGUGGCUUUUGAUUCGCAUUGGUCAUCACCAAAUUCAGAUGAUACUGGGGAAACUGUCAUGUACCGGUUCGGUUCUGUUGGUCAGGAUACACAAGUGCUUCUGUGGGACAUGGAAAUGGAUGAGAUUGUUGUGCCCUUGCGCCGAUGCCCCCCUGGUGGGUCGCCCACUUACAGUACCGGAAGCCAGUCAGCCCACUGGGACAACAUUUCUCCAGUUGGUACACUGCAACCUGCUCCAAGCAUGCAAGAUGUUCCAAAGCUCUCUCCGCUGGUUGCUCACCGUGUUCAUACUGAACCACUCUCUGGUUUGAUAUUUACUCAGGAAUCUGUCCUCACUGCCUGCAGGGAAGGGCACAUAAAGAUUUGGAUGAGACCUGGUUUUCCUGAAAACCAAUCCAGCUACUCUGAAGGCAUCUUGAAUACAAGUUUGAAAGAUAAGCCACUAGUGUUGGGCAAAGUCGGCAAUCCUAUUUACAAGCAAUAACCAGCCACUCAUCAUCUGCUGAGGCAAAAAGCAAACCCUUUUUCAACAGAUUUGUGCAUUUGUUUUGGUUUAAUCCGAGCAAUCAUCUAUUUCAUCCGGUUGGUUUCCUAAGAACGACCAGUGUGUAAACAUCACCCGAUACUGUAUAUUCCUGGUUAAAAAAACUCGUUGAAGGCCCCAAGAGUUGUGGGAGCUAGAGAGGACCCAUUUUGUAAGUACAGAACGGCCGUUGCUAGAAAAUAUUAUGGUUAAUAGGAAUAUUGGUUGUUGAUCCUUUGAAAAUUUGUAAUUCAUAAGAGGUGCAUUUGACUGGUAGUUGGAAAUGCAAUCUUAGGUUGCCUUUAAAUUUUAUAAUUUGCAUUACUCAAAUGCUGCUUUGAAAAAAAUAUUUACAUUGUAUUUUAUCUACAUUUUGUGCAUUUGACUGAUAAUUAAUUUUGUUGGAAAUGCAA